ACAGCGUGAGAUUGAUGGAUAAAGCCAUGCAUCUCACAUAACAUCAAUUCUGUUCUGCUUUCCCUUUCAUUCGAAGUCUCACUCCCUCAUCACUCCUCCCUUCCCUUCUCUCUCUCUCCCUCACCCUCCCUUCACGCCUCCUCCCUCCCGCCACUGCUCCAGGUCCCUCGCCGGUCCCUCUCUUCCAUAUUAGUUUCCAAAAGGCAUCCCUAAUGCUGAGAGAGCGCGCUCUGUGAGGCAGCAAGAAAGCGAGGCGAGCGGAUUGCUAUCUUUGUGACAGCUUUUCUGCUUAGCGGGCUGCGUGUAAGUAGGGGAGCUGGACUGGACUGUGGUGUUCCGUGGAGGAGGUGGGAGAGGAGGCGGGGGGGCAGGGGGGAGAUCCGUGAGGCAAGCCGGACAGAUGGAAGACGGCACCCAACACCUGGGACACUGCAUGGUUGACAUGAAGGAGCUGAGCGCCAACCCUGAAGGACUGAGCGCUGCCGGUGGUUGUUUGUCUCCCAAGCUUCCUCGAGUUGAAUUCAGCCUUGCUUGUAAUGACCUGGUGGCCUCGGGCAGAGACAGGAAGCCCAAUGCUUUGGUCCAGGUGGCUGUCAUAGAUCCCCACAAGCAGAGCCUCGUGUCCCAUGCCUGCACUGAGAUUGUUGAGGCGAACAAAGACCCGCUGUUUCUGACUGGGGUGACCUUCCCAUCAGAGUAUCCUGCUAGCCCUGACACAGUAGUCAAGCUGACUGUGUAUGAUGCAAAGGACAAGAGCCAGGAAUCAAGCAGCUUUCUGGGCAGUGCCACAUUUUCAGUCGCAGACCUACUGAGAGCUAAAGAUGAACGGCUGACCUUGACUCUCAGGUCAUCUGAUGGUGUGUGUGCGGCAGGAACAAUCGUGGUGAGUCGACUGAAGAUGGGAGAGAUGGAGGAGGUUGAUGUAGACCACAUCACCACCGACAUACCGUCACAGAAGUGUCCCUUGGUUUGUGAAUCUGCGCACCAUUCCUGCAUCGAAAGAGAAAAUAGCCCACUGACAGGGCCAGUGUUCAGGAACCCAGUAUGCAAGGUGUACAGAUUUCAGACCGUGGACAGCAAGUGGAUGCUGGUUCGGGAGCAAAUGGAGGAGUGCACGCUGUCCUUCAGCGUCCCUAAACAGCUGCUCUCACUGUACAUGCAGGAAGACAUGAACAGGGUACAGGAUCUGCGGGAACUGGGGGAGCUCUCGCCUCACUGGGACAACCUGAGGAAGGAAGUGAUGACAAGAUAUGGAGGAAUCAUCAGCUCGUACCAGGAGACACUGGCCGAACUGGACAAGAUCACUGGUCGUUCCUUCAAGCCGAGCUGCUGCAAGGCCCAGAAGUCUCUGGAGUUCAUCCCGAUAAACCUGCACACCCAGAGAAUGAGGGUGACAUGCCCCAAAAAAACAGAUGCGUUCUACGACAUUGUCACUGUCGGUGCACCCGCAGCCCACUUCCAGGGCUUCAAGUGUGGCGGGCUGCAGCGGCUCCUCAGCAGAUAUGAAGCAGAGAAAAAAAGCUUCAGCACUGCCUACCAGUGUAUCUACUACUCCCCAGAGCACACAGCCAAAGCUCAGGAGGUACUCAGCACCAUGAGCCUCCUCCAGCCCCUCAUCACAAGCUUAGCAGACCAGCUCCUCCAGGCUGCCCACGAGCACUCUUCCCCAGGCCUGAGGGACGCACUCAAGAACCUCUCUGACAAGACAGAGCAAUUCGUUCACACACUUAAGGAUGAAUUGGUCAAGAGUGCUCUGCUAGCGCUGCACGCAGCGCGACCUGGCUACGUUUCCAAGAACCAGAAGCAAGCGCCGGCGCCAUGCCAGCAGCCAUGCCAGGGCGGCGAGCAGAAUCAGAGCCCAGUGCAGGGACUUCCAGGCCACAGUCCAGCCACGCAAGUCGCCGAGAGCACAGCGGUGUGCAACAACGUGGAAGGAUUGCAAACCAUGACUGCAGGAGAAGGCGGGAUAAUGCCACUGAAACAUCAAACCUCAAUACCGCAUCAUACAGAGUUCGAUGAGGAGGAGUGGGACAGGUUGUGGGCUAACGUGGCCAAAUGUCUCAACUGUGUCAUCGCCAUGGUGGAUAAGCUGCAGGAGAGGGACCACGGCAAGCCGGAGUCCGUCCCCGAGCAGCAGCAGCUCGCAGACGUCAUCACCUCACACAAUCCCGGUGACUGGAAGGAGCAGCUGUGUCCUCUGGUGACCAGGCUAAAGGAGUGUGUGAUGGAGGUGAUGGAGAAGGCAAAGCGAGCCAUGACCUUUGUGCUCCUGCAGGAGGCAGCAUGCAGCAUCCCACAGGGCUUUCUCCUGCAGCAGAGGAGGGAUGUGGUCUUCAGUCAGGCACUUUCCGCCUUGGCCUGUGGCUUCGUCAUGAGAGUGUACGCGGGGCUGCAGGACGAAGGCUUCCUGAGGCAGCUCCACCUCGUUGGCCUGGUGGCCCAGUUUGAAAGCCUGCUCAGCACCUACAGCGAGGAGAUCGGUAUGCUGGAGGACAUGGAGGUCGGCAUCUCGGACCUCGAGAGAGUCGUGUUCAAAAUCACAGAGGCCAAGACAGAUGACCUCAGUGACCUCCAGCCUUUAGUGUGUGGCCGACGGGGUCACUUUACUGUAGAAGUGCCAUUACCACAAGUGGUUUUCCAGACCUUGCCAGAGGAGAUCAAGGAGGGCAAGCCUCUACGAGUAUUCCCGGUGCUGUUUAACGUGGGGAUCAAUGAACAACAAACUAUAGCAGAGAGGUUUGGAGAUAUUUCCCUACAAGAAAGAAUAAACCAGAAGAACUUUGAGACAUUAGAAGCUUAUUACAAAUCGUUAAGUGAAAAGGUACCACUAGAAUGUCUACCGUGUUUUCAGACACAGACUGACAUAAAGGAAUUACUUGAAACCCUGGGCCAGAAUGUAGUCACAAAGAAGAGGAAGAAUGUGGAGAUACUGUGGAUUGCUGGAACGAUCUGCCGAAGGUUAAAUGGCAUCAGGUUUACCAGCUGUAAAAGUGCCAAAGACCGAACAUCCAUGUCUGUCACUUUAGAGCAGUGUGCUCUCCUGCGUGAUGAACACCAGCUCAGCAAGGACUUCUUCGUCCGCGCUCUGGACUGUAUGCGGAGAGAAGGAUGUCGGAUUGAAAACGUUCAAAAGAAUAUUAGAUGCAGGAAGUACGCCUUCAACAUGUUGCAGCUGAUGGCCUUUCCCAAGUGCUACCGACCUCCCGAGGGAACGUACGGCAAAGUCGACUCUUAAGGACAAACACCAUGUACUAUAAAGCUCUUCACUGCUAUGCACAUUGCCUGUGUUUUAUCUAGAUAAUAUUAAGUAUGUGAAAUGUUAUUUUCAUUUAAAAAAAUCCGUACUUGCUGGAUGUUUCCCAGUUCUGCUGUGUUUGCUGUGGAAGGGUACGUGCAGAGGCUCUGAGAAGAGUCAGGACUUGAUGCCAGGAUCGGUUUGCCAAAUGUGUUGCAAAACAAAUGCACUUUCACUUUUAUUUCUUUACUCAUUUUUGUGGCCCAAGCAGUUAUUGGGUGUUGACUGAGUCACCGUAUCUGUAGAUAUUCACUGUUUCAUAUAAGUGCUUGAAGAAUUUCUCUUCUGUAAAAUGAUCUUCCCUCUGAAGUCAGCUUUGAAAUCUUUGCCGGUUUUUUGUUUUUAAUCCUGUCUCUGCUCACUGUCUCAACAAAAGAAGCAUAAAUUGACCUUGACCUUUUUUUAGAGUUCCCAUGUUCAGGAUUGGGGUUCCACUAAUUUUUGAGUUACAAACAUCCAUCAUCAUUGAUAAAAUAGGAAUUGAAAUUUACUACAUGACUGCUUCAAACAUCAAAGCAUAAUCUUGUGUUCAGGAGUUGAUGCCCUCCAGCUGUGCUCCAACAGCUGGUUAGUUUCAGGUCCAAACCUUAGUUUGUUUUUUCGUGUGGGGUGUUUUUCUUUCUUUUUUCUUUUUUUUUUUUUUUUUUUUUAACUAUUUCAAAACAUCCAUUUAUUAACACACAUAUGUUACACUUUGUUCUAUUAUUUUUUUUGUAUAUGCUUUGUGUUUAAGCCGAGCCUGACAGGUGGAAGCUGAGCAUCGAACCACAGAUCAUAAGUGUCAUUAUUUAUAUUUUUAUUAUAAAGGGAUUUUAUAUUCUGAGUGUUUGACUUUUAGUGCAUGAUUAUAAUGAUCACAUAUGUUCAAUGCUUUACAUUCACACAUUUCCAAGAUUAAAGAUGGGUUUAAUGUUGAUUGUUCA